UUCUGAGGCAAUGGAAACGGAGGCCUCCAGUGUUAAUUGUGGCUAAUUUUCCCUUGGCUGUUGUGGGAGGAAGGAUUGUGUGUCCUGGAGCAAGGGGCUGGGCCAAGCGCUGGUUCUCUCCAGCACAGCCACAGCCACAGCCACAGCCACCUCUGUCUAACAAGACAGGUCUGGCUGGUUAGUCUAAUGCUUGCUGUGGGAGCAAAGCCAAUCAGGGCUCCAUGUCUCUGUGGCAUCAGUGUCUUCCUCUGCAUGGAGUAACUCUGUCUCCUAAGCCUCCACAGACUGGCAGGGGUCAUGGGAAAUGGAGCAGGGGGAAAUCAAGGAAGAACCAGCCCUGGCCUCUCUGACAGACAUUUGGAGAGAAAGUUAGGGGCCUAGUAGCCCUGCUGAAAGCAGGUACAGGCUAUCCUCGAUGUGUGCUUAUAAGGAUGACAUUCGACUGCUGCCUUCAGCAUUGGGUGUGAAGAAGAGAAAACGAGGACCCAAGAAGCAGAAGGAGAACAAGCCAGGAAAACCCCGAAAACGCAAGAAGCUUGACAGUGAAGAGGAAUUUGGCUCUGAGCGAGAUGAGUACCGGGAGAAGUCGGAGAGUGGAGGCAGUGAGUAUGGAACUGGACCAGGUCGGAAGCGGAGACGGAAGCACCGAGAAAAAAAGGAGAAGAAGACCAAGCGGCGGAAAAAAGGGGAGGGAGAUGGCGGGCCCAAGCCUGGUGUCUCCCAGCAGGUAGAGCAGAAGUCAUCAGCAACUCUGCUUCUCACCUGGGGCCUGGAGGACGUGGAGCAUGUGUUCUCGGAGGAGGAUUACCACACGCUUACCAACUACAAAGCCUUUAGCCAGUUCAUGAGGCCCCUAAUUGCUAAGAAGAAUCCUAAGAUCCCAAUGUCGAAGAUGAUGACCAUCCUUGGAGCCAAGUGGAGAGAGUUCAGUGCCAAUAACCCCUUCAAGGGGUCGGCAGCAGCUGUGGCAGCAGCAGCGGCUGCAGCAGCCGCAGCUGUAGCUGAGCAGGUGUCAGCUGCUGUCUCAUCGGCCACCCCCAUAGCACCUUCCGGAUCCCCUGCCCUUCCACUCCCACCUGCUGCUGAUAUCCAACCCCCACCCAUCCGAAGAGCCAAAACCAAAGAGGGCAAAGGUCCCGGCCAUAAGAGGCGGAGUAAGAGCCCCCGAGUGCCUGACGGACGCAAGAAGCUUCGGGGAAAGAAGAUGACACCACUCAAAAUCAAACUAGGGCUUCUGGGUGGCAAGAGGAAGAAAGGCUCAUAUGUUUUUCAGAGUGACGAGGGCCCCGAACCAGAGGCUGAGGAGUCAGACCUGGAUAGUGGCAGUGUCCACAGUGCCUCAGGCCGUCCUGAUGGCCCUGUCCGCACCAAGAAACUAAAGAGAGGCCGGCCAGGGAGAAAGAAGAAGAAGGUCCUGGGCUGUCCUGCAGUGGCCGGGGAGGAGGAGGUUGAUGGCUACGAGACGGAUCACCAGGAUUACUGUGAGGUGUGCCAGCAGGGUGGGGAAAUUAUUCUGUGCGACACCUGCCCCCGUGCCUACCACCUCGUCUGCCUUGAUCCUGAGCUUGACCGGGCUCCUGAGGGCAAAUGGAGCUGCCCCCACUGUGAGAAGGAGGGGGUACAGUGGGAGGCCAAGGAAGAGGAGGAGGAGUAUGAAGAGGAGGGAGAGGAAGAAGGGGAGAAGGAGGAAGAAGACGACCACAUGGAGUACUGCCGUGUGUGCAAGGAUGGUGGGGAGCUCUUGUGCUGUGACGCUUGCAUCUCCUCCUACCACAUUCAUUGUCUAAACCCACCCCUGCCUGACAUCCCCAACGGUGAAUGGCUGUGUCCCCGAUGCACAUGCCCCAUGCUGAAAGGCCGUGUGCAGAAGAUCCUGCAUUGGCGGUGGGGGGAACCGCCUGUGGCAGUGCCGGCCCCCCCACAGGUAGAUGGGAAUCCAGAUGCCCCACCUCCUCGUCCUCUUCAAGGCAGAUCAGAGCGAGAGUUCUUUGUCAAGUGGGUAGGACUGUCCUACUGGCACUGCUCCUGGGCCAAGGAGCUUCAGCUGGAAAUCUUCCACUUGGUAAUGUACCGAAACUACCAACGGAAGAAUGACAUGGAUGAGCCCCCACCCCUGGACUAUGGCUCUGGUGAGGAUGAUGGGAAGAGUGACAAGCGCAAGGUGAAAGAUCCGCACUACGCUGAGAUGGAGGAGAAAUAUUAUCGUUUUGGCAUCAAGCCAGAGUGGAUGACGGUCCACCGUAUCAUCAACCACAGUGUGGAUAAAAAGGGAAAUUACCACUAUUUAGUAAAAUGGAGGGACUUGCCAUAUGACCAGUCCACGUGGGAGGAAGAUGAAAUGAAUAUCCCCGAAUAUGAAGACCAUAAGCAAAGCUACUGGAGACACCGAGAACUAAUUAUGGGAGAGGACCCCGCCCAGCCCCGAAAGUAUAAGAAGAAGAAGAAGGAGCUACAGGGUGAUGGGCCUCCCAAUUCUCCUACUAACGACCCUACAGUGAAAUAUGAGACUCAGCCACGGUUUAUCACAGCCACUGGAGGCACACUGCACAUGUAUCAGCUGGAAGGGUUGAAUUGGCUACGUUUCUCAUGGGCCCAGGGCACUGACACCAUUCUGGCUGAUGAGAUGGGGCUGGGCAAGACCAUACAAACCAUCGUCUUCCUCUAUUCACUCUAUAAAGAGGGCCACACAAAGGGUCCCUUCCUGGUGAGUGCCCCGCUCUCUACCAUCAUUAAUUGGGAGCGGGAGUUCCAGAUGUGGGCACCCAAGUUUUAUGUGGUGACAUACACGGGUGACAAGGACAGCCGGGCCAUCAUUCGUGAGAAUGAGUUUUCCUUUGAAGAUAAUGCCAUCAAAGGCGGCAAGAAAGCCUUUAAGAUGAAGAGGGAGGCACAGGUGAAGUUCCAUGUUCUCCUGACAUCGUAUGAGUUGAUCACCAUUGAUCAGGCAGCACUUGGCUCCAUCCGCUGGGCCUGCCUCGUGGUGGAUGAGGCCCAUCGACUCAAGAACAACCAGUCCAAGUUUUUCAGGGUCCUCAAUGGCUACAAGAUAGAUCAUAAGUUACUGCUAACAGGGACUCCAUUGCAAAAUAAUCUGGAAGAGCUUUUUCAUCUGCUGAACUUCCUCACCCCAGAAAGGUUUAACAACCUGGAGGGCUUCCUGGAGGAGUUUGCAGACAUAUCCAAAGAAGACCAGAUUAAAAAACUGCAUGAUUUGCUGGGGCCACAUAUGCUUCGGAGGCUCAAGGCUGACGUCUUUAAGAACAUGCCAGCCAAGACAGAGCUCAUCGUUCGAGUGGAGCUGAGUCCCAUGCAGAAGAAAUACUACAAGUAUAUCCUGACUCGAAAUUUUGAGGCCUUGAAUUCACGAGGUGGUGGGAACCAAGUGUCACUGCUUAACAUCAUGAUGGAUCUUAAGAAGUGCUGCAACCAUCCAUACCUCUUUCCUGUGGCUGCUAUGGAGUCCCCAAAACUCCCCAGUGGGGCUUAUGAGGGUGGGGCACUUAUUAAGUCGUCUGGGAAGCUCAUGCUGCUGCAGAAGAUGCUGCGGAAGCUGAAGGAGCAAGGACACAGAGUGCUCAUCUUCUCACAGAUGACCAAAAUGUUAGACUUGCUAGAGGAUUUCUUAGACUACGAAGGCUACAAGUAUGAGCGCAUCGAUGGUGGCAUCACUGGUGCCCUGAGGCAGGAGGCCAUUGAUAGAUUCAACGCUCCUGGGGCCCAACAAUUCUGCUUCCUCCUGUCCACCCGAGCUGGGGGCUUGGGCAUCAAUCUGGCCACUGCAGACACUGUCAUCAUCUUCGAUUCUGACUGGAACCCUCAUAAUGACAUCCAGGCCUUUAGCCGCGCUCAUCGAAUCGGCCAGGCCAACAAAGUAAUGAUUUACCGGUUUGUGACUCGUGCAUCAGUGGAAGAGCGAAUCACACAAGUGGCCAAGAGAAAGAUGAUGCUGACCCACCUGGUCGUGCGUCCUGGGCUGGGCUCCAAGGCGGGCUCCAUGUCCAAGCAGGAGCUGGAUGACAUCCUCAAAUUUGGCACUGAGGAACUAUUUAAGGAUGAAAACGAGGGGGAGAACAAGGAGGAGGACAGCAGUGUGAUUCACUAUGACAAUGAGGCCAUUGCUCGGCUGUUGGACCGAAACCAGGAUGCAACCGAAGACACUGAUGUGCAGAAUAUGAACGAAUAUCUCAGUUCCUUCAAGGUGGCCCAGUAUGUGGUGCGGGAGGAAGACAAGAUUGAGGAGAUCGAACGGGAGAUCAUCAAGCAGGAGGAGAACGUGGACCCUGACUACUGGGAAAAGCUGCUGAGGCAUCACUAUGAGCAGCAGCAGGAGGACCUAGCCCGGAACCUCGGCAAGGGCAAGCGGGUUCGCAAGCAAGUCAACUACAACGAUGCUGCACAAGAGGACCAAGAUAACCAGUCAGAAUACUCAGUGGGAUCAGAGGAGGAGGAUGAAGACUUUGAUGAGCGUCCUGAAGGGCGUCGACAGUCAAAGAGGCAGCUCCGGAAUGAAAAAGAUAAGCCACUGCCUCCACUGCUGGCUCGUGUUGGGGGCAACAUUGAGGUGUUGGGGUUCAACACCCGGCAGCGGAAGGCUUUCCUCAAUGCCGUGAUGCGCUGGGGGAUGCCCCCGCAGGAUGCCUUCACCACUCAGUGGCUGGUGCGAGACCUAAGGGGCAAGACUGAGAAAGAGUUCAAGGCCUACGUGUCUUUGUUCAUGCGCCAUCUCUGUGAGCCCGGGGCAGACGGCUCUGAAACAUUUGCUGACGGGGUCCCUCGGGAGGGCCUGAGUCGCCAGCAAGUAUUGACCCGCAUUGGAGUCAUGUCUCUCGUCAAGAAGAAGGUACAAGAGUUUGAGCACAUCAAUGGGCGCUGGUCGAUGCCUGAGCUGAUGCCUGACCCCAGUGCUGACUCCAAGCGUUCCUCCAGAGCCUCCUCUCCUACCAAAACGUCUCCCACCACCCCCGAGGCUUCUGCUGCCAACAGUCCCUGCACCUCUAAGCCUGCUACUCCAGCUCCAAGUGAGAAGGGAGAUGGCAUAAGGACGCCACUUGAGAAGGAUGAAGCUGAAAACCAGGAGGAGAAGCCAGAGAAGAAUAGCAAAAUUGGGGAGAAGAUGGAGACAGAGGCUGACGCCCCCAGCCCGGCCCUAUCGCUCGGGGAGCGGCCGGAGCCAAGGAAGGCCCCUCUGGAGGAUGAAGAGCCAGGGGUGGCUGGAGAGAUGGAGCCUGAACCGGGGUACCGGGGGGACAGAGAGAAGUCAGCCACAGAGUCGACGCCAGGAGAGAGGGGGGAGGAGAAGCCGUUGGAUGGACAGGAACACAGGGAGAGGCCAGAGGGGGAAGCAGGGGAUUUGGGCAAGAGAGCAGAAGAUGUGAAAGGCGGCCGGGAGCUUCGGUCUGGGCCUCGAGACGAGCCACGAUCCAAUGGGCGACGUGAGGAGAAGGCAGAGAAGCCACGGUUCAUGUUCAAUAUUGCAGAUGGCGGCUUUACAGAGCUUCACACACUGUGGCAGAAUGAGGAACGGGCAGCUAUUUCCUCGGGGAAACUCAAUGAAAUCUGGCACCGAAGACAUGACUAUUGGCUUCUGGCUGGGAUUGUUCUCCAUGGCUAUGCACGGUGGCAGGACAUCCAGAAUGAUGCUCAGUUUGCCAUUAUCAAUGAGCCAUUUAAAACUGAAGCCAAUAAGGGGAACUUUCUGGAGAUGAAAAAUAAGUUUCUGGCCCGGAGAUUCAAGCUCCUGGAGCAGGCGCUGGUGAUAGAGGAGCAGCUUCGGCGGGCGGCCUACCUGAACCUAUCACAGGAGCCGGCGCACCCCGCCAUGGCCCUCCACGCCCGCUUCGCCGAGGCCGAGUGCCUGGCUGAGAGCCACCAGCACCUCUCCAAGGAGUCGCUGGCGGGGAACAAGCCGGCCAACGCCGUACUGCACAAGGGUAAGGGCCGCGGCGGCCCCGCGCGGGGGAGGGCCCACAACGCUGCUAUGGGAUGUUCUGACAACUCCCCGCCCCUAUGUCUUCCAAUGUCCUCCCCUAUCCUCCUUUUCUCCGUAUUUUCUUUUCCUUCUUCUCUCUCCGUCUAUCUCUGUGAUGAUCUGGUCUCUCUGCCUCUUUGCCUGACACUUACCCACUCACUGAGUCGCUCUUUUUCUGUGUACUUCUAUCAUUUUCUUCUUCUCUGGUUCUUUGACAUCUGUGUCCUCUCACUCUCUCUUUCUGACUUUAUCUGUCCGUCUGGCUCUUCAUCUCUUUUCCUGGCUCCAUCUCUCCCUUCCCUGUCUCUCUCUUGCCCUUCUUUCUCCGUGGCCCGGGCCCCAGUUCUGAACCAGCUGGAGGAGUUGCUGAGCGACAUGAAGGCAGACGUGACCCGCCUGCCGGCCACGCUGUCUCGAAUACCCCCCAUCGCAGCCCGCCUUCAGAUGUCCGAGCGCAGCAUCCUCAGCCGGCUGGCCAGCAAGGGCACGGAGCCUCACCCCACACCGGUCUUUCCCCCGGGUCCCUACGCCACACCCCCGGGGUACGGGGCGGCCUUCAGCUCCGCUCCCGUAGGGGCUCUGGCCGCCGCAGGCGCCAAUUACAGCCAGAUGCCUGCAGGGUCCUUCAUCACAGCCGCCACCAACGGCCCUCCAGUGCUGGUGAAGAAGGAGAAGGAAAUGGUGGGGGCAUUAGUGUCAGACGGGCUGGACCGGAAGGAGCCCCGAGCCGGGGAGGUGAUCUGUAUAGACGACUGACUGGAUCCCAGGCCUGCCCUUCACCCAGGCCCCGUGCCCGAGGCCGACCCCCAGCUCAGACUCUGGGGUCUGCUGCCAAUCCUCCGCCUUCCCCACCCGCUGGGCCACCACUGGGCUAGGAGCCCCUUUGCCCCUCUCUAUGACUCCUCUUUUCAAGAAGGGCCCUUUGUCUCUCUCCACUCCCACACAUCUUUCCCACCAUGCUUUGAAGACUGUGCUGGUGAGAAGAGGUCUGGGUGGGAAUUGGUUAGCAGGGUCUUCCAAGAACCUUUAUCCUCCACUGCCAAACAUACACAGCUUCCCAAUAAAUGGUUGUGGGGAGGUAAGAGGUGGAGCCUUUAUUCCUGCAGGAUAAGCUCCAUCUUGUGCAGAGGUGGGGGUUAGCACUGCCUGGCCUUUAGAAACUUCCGGUGGAGGGAAGGAGCUUUGAAGAGAGGAAGGGGACUUUAGAUAAGGAUGACCAUGAGCCCUGGCAGAGAGAAAGGGAAGAGGAGGGGUGGCUGCAUGUUUCCUUCCCUUGCCUCUCCUGAAAUAGAGUGUGGAGCAGUUAAAGGGAGUCAAUUGCUGUUCCGCCUCAGAAUAAAGGCGCCAUUCACUGGCUCAGUUACCUCCUGUGUACUGGCAUCUUGUGUUGGGCAUCUUACCCCCUCCACAGGGGCCAAGAACCACCCCUACAAAGAGAGUAAUGGUUGGGCGAUACCCCCUCAAGCCAAAGAGGAGCUCCCCAAUCUGACCUAGGGACCCAGGUGACCUAGAAAGGGUGGGAGAGAACACAAUGGGCCAGAUGCUGGGGGAACCCCCAGCUCUGGGGCUCAGGUUCUUUGAGGACUUCUCCCCUUUCUCCUGAAGGCCUGAAGACGGACUAAAUUUGAGUGUGUGAGGCAGGGGGCCUAGUCAGGAGGCUACUUGCUUUGAGGACCAGAGAAAAAUAAUGGAGAGCCGGCUAGGGAGACACGGGCACGCACACCCUCUUCCCAGGAGGGGCUGAGGAGAGUGGCAGUUUGCAUGGCGAACCCUCCACCUCCUCUUCGCUGCCCCUUCACUUUCUUGCUGGCCAUUCCCCAGUCUCUCUUCACACUCACUCCUGGUCUGUCCCAAUCCCCUCUUCUGUAUCAGGUUUAUUGGUUGUACAUAUAAAUUAUACUUUCCUUUC